UUCAUUGUUUAUAAUACAGCUCACAUCAUUAGAAAGAAGAGGAACCAGGAUAAGAGAAAAAGAAAAUGGAGGAAGCUAUUGCAACUCAGGCACCCAAGGCACCGGUGACUGGUGAAAGAAAGAUUCGAGAUGACCUGGAAGAAAAUUUACCAAAGCCCUAUUUGGCUAGAGCACUGGAAGCUCCUGAUGUGGAACAUCCGAAUGGAACAUCAGGACAUGAGAAUAAUGGCAUGAGUGUUCUUCAGCAACAUGUUGCCUUCUUUGACCAAGACAACAAUGGAAUUGUUUAUCCCUGGGAGACUUACAGAGGUAUGCGAGAUAUUGGUUUCAAUCCAUUUUCCUCUUUCUUUAUCGCAAUUCUCAUCAAUUUAACACUGAGUUAUCGUACUCUCCCUGGAUGGCUGCCAAAUCUGUUGUUUCCCAUCUACAUAGAUAAUAUACACAAAGCCAAGCAUGGGAGUGAUUCAGCGACAUAUGACACUGAAGGAAGGUUUAUGCCGGUGAAUCUUGAGAACAUUUUUAGCAAGUAUGCUCGCACAGAACCUGACAAGUUAAGUUUCGAAGAGCUUUGGCGGAUGACUGAGGCAAAUCGGUUGGCAUUUGACUUCGCUGGCUGGGUUAUAAGCAAGGGAGAAUGGUUGCUUCUGUAUAGGCUUGCCAAGGACCGGAAUGGUUUUCUGCAUAAAGAAGCUGUAAGGCGGUGUUUUGAUGGAAGUUUGUUCGAGUACUAUGCCAAAAUGAAUAAGGGUGGUGAUAGAAAGAGCCGCUGAUAAAGCAGUGUUUGCUGCCGUUCCGGCGGCAACUAUGACCCUAGCAGCAAAUUUAAGUGCGAGCCUAGUUCUAAUAUAAUAAAUCUCGUUUUUUUUUUGUUUUUCUGAAAGAAUAAUAAACCAAGCAAAUAGUAUCCUGCACGUUGGAGAACAAAGACACCAACUGUUAUGGUUCUUCACUCUUAUCAAAUUCAUGUCAAUCGUAUUAUUCCAUAAA